AUGGACGACGACCCGGCCAGCCCCCACCUCCGGGAUAAGGAGGCUCUCGCAACACUCGCUGACGAGCUGCUUGAGCUCGAAGGCGACCGAGAUCUGAAGCACGUUAUCGUCGAGUCUUACGAAACCGCACCCAACCCAGAAGACUACUCCAACGAGAGAAGGAACGCCGUGCGCGACCUCGAAGCCGUGAACAAGACGAUUGAGGACAAGAGGCGCCAGAAGCGCCGUUUGGAGCAGCGAAUUCAGGCAGCGAGGAACGCCGAACGUCAAUCGGCCAGAGACGCUGCUUCCGGCGAGGACAGGAACAUGUGGGAGGCACGGAACCGCUGGGGAACAGUACCAAUUCCCCGGAGGACUGAUGCUGUUGCAUUCACGGGCCGCCCUGGUCUCGGUCUUGGCCUCAAGCUCUUCGAGUGA